GCCACGGAGGAGCGGAGGAGAGCAGACACCCACAGAAACACAGACAGACAGGAGAGGAGAGGACUGCUGCUGUUAUCCUACACAGGAACUAACAAAAAGAUCUGCCCAGGAGGAGAACAGGCUCAACGUGUGGCCUCACUUGACCUCGACGAGCUCGCAGAUCAGUGCUCCGACUCCCCGACAACCUCGAGAUGGAUGACCAUGUUGCCACCACCGAGCUGUGACGUCACUGUGAACUCGUGGACGGUGGAGGACCGCGUGCUUUCUUAACACCUGGCACCUGGAUUUGUGUAUCUUUUUUUCGAACAGACCUGUUUGAUGUACCUUCUCUAAAAUAACAGCUGUCGUCUGCCAGUGAAUACAAAAAGGGACCACCUAUCGAUCUAAAAAAAAAAAUGGAGACUCUUUCCCAAGAUUCCAUACUGGAGUGCCAGAUCUGCUUUAACUACUACAGCCCCCGCCGGCGGCCCAAACUCCUGGAUUGCAGACACACGUGCUGCUCGGUGUGUUUGACCCAGAUGCGCAGCAGCCAGAAGGAGAUUCGUUGUCCCUGGUGCCGCGGCGUCACCAAGCUCCCGCCGGGCCUGUCCGUCUCCCAGCUCCCAGAUGACCCGGACAUCAUCACCGUCAUCGCCAUCCCCCACGCCUCGGAGCACACGCCCGUGUUCAUCCGUCUCCCCAGCAACGGUUGCUACAUGCUGCCACUGCCCGUCGCAAAAGAGCGGGCUCUGGGCCUGCCGGGCGAGCUGGGGUGUCGCUUCCUGCCCGGCGGCCAGCAGAAGGGCGUCACCGUGGUGACGGUGCCCGAGCAGCAGCCUCUGGGCCUGGCUAUGGGGCUGGAAGGAGUGGGGAUGGGGCUGGAGGGAGCGGAGGGCGAGAGGAGAGUCACCGGGCCGGUGGGAGGAGGAGGGAAGGGCUCCACGUGGUCCGGCGUGUGCACGGUGAUCCUGGUGGCGUGCGUGCUGCUCUUCCUCCUGGGCAUCGUGCUGCACAACAUGUCCUGCAUCUCUAAACGCUUCACUGUCAUCUCCUGCGGCUGAGGGCUGGGGGGAGGCUGUUUGGACUGCCGCGGACCCCCCUGGAUUCCCCCCGCUAGCCCUGCCUCUCCUCUAGGACGGGACUCUGCUGAGGAGAGGGGACUAAACUCACAUCAUGGGUAUCAGAGGAAACUACAGAGCAACAUAAGGAGAAACGGAAGAAGAGGGCAGGGAGGAGAUCCCGAAGGGUCUGCCAUUGUAUCUCUUUUUUUUCUCUCUUUUUUAAUUUGGGAGACUGAUAAUAAAAUGGAAAUACAAACCUUCAUUUUCCUCUCGCUGGCCCUGAAACUCCCGUCCUUUUCCCGUCCUUCCAUUCUUUCUGAAAGAACGCUUUGGGAAUUACUCCAGAAAUGUUUUUUGGCCAGCUGAUUUGUUUUUGGCCAGCUGAUACGUGUUUGGCUAGGGGCCGAUCUGACACUCACUCACGCUCACAGCCGUUGGAUUGCCUGUUUAGUCUGUGGUUUGUAGAAGUACAUCAGUUAUCAUAGUGUUGUUUAGCUGAGUGUAGGUUCCAAGUGCGGUGUCUCCAGCUGGUGCUGCAGUACAAAGAGUUUGGACUUGGCUGCUCUCCGUCCUCUGAUGCUGCAGGAAUUAACUGUGCAGCAUCCACGUCUGGCCCUGUCUGAAUCAUCUGGGAAACAAAAAAAUCAACACAGCUUUUCUUCUUUGUGUUUUUUCUCCCCCUUUCAUACAACCUGUUCCUGUUCAGAACAAACUGUUGCUGUGAUGGCUCCAUGUAGUUGUAGUUAGUAAAGGGAUUGUUGUCAAAAACAUGGAUUGUAUUGUUCAUUCAUGCUUGCAUAUCACAGGCCUAAACUAAAAACACGGGUUAGUAAGUUGUUUUUGUUAAGUCUUUAAUGACUAGGCAAUGAAAAGAUUGGUUGGUAAAUAUGUUAUUCAUUGUUUAUGACAUUUAUCAGGCAAGAAAUGUUGUUUUCAGCUUGUUUUUGCAGGGUUUUUUUCUGUUUAUAUCACUGGGUUUUGCACUGUUAGUCAGACCACAUACUUUGAAGAUAUCACUUGAGCGAUCAAAACUUACCAUGGUCACGAUUUUCCCUCAACUUCUUUACUGAAUUGGAAGAACUAAUUGAUUCAUUUGUAAUGAAAAUGAUCACUAGUUGCUGCCAAGGUUGGCAAGAAAUUGCUAAAAAAAUACUGUAUUUAGAACUGGAUGACAGAAUAACAAUUUUAAAGGAAUAGUUUGGCAUUUUGGGAAAGUUAUUCAGAUUCAGGAAGAUUGGUACCACUCUAAUGUCCAUGUGCAUUAGCUCUUAGCAUUAGGCAGUUAGCUUAAACUGGAAGCAGGAGAAAAGAGCUGGUUUUCACAAAUUAUCAAGGCGUCACUUUAACACUUUCUGUCUUGUUUGUUUAAUCUGUACACAAACAGAAAUGUAAUGUUGUGCUAGGUGCUAAGCAGUACAUCAUACGUAUACGUUACAGCACAAAACUCCACAGUGGGGAGUUUUGUUUUUUUUUACCUCGGAGGAAAAAUUACAGUACGUACGUCUUCACAAAAAAACACUGCAGUAAUUUGUGAGCUUUAGCUUAAUUUUUCAGUGUUUUGUUUAAAGCUAGCUGUUUAAACUUGCCUCCAGGUAGUUUAAAGGCUAGUGACUUAACACUUUAAAGGUCUGUACACAUAAAGAGACAAGAUAAAAACAUGUUAAAGUCAUUUGUAAGCUUAAGAUAUGUCUGUAGGUGUUUUUUCUGGUACUUACACGGUAUGAGAGCAUGCAGCUCUCCUUAAAACCACAACUUAACCUUUUAAUGGUUUGUACAGACUAAACAAAGAAGAUAAUACAUGAUGCAUUAGUUUGUGAGCUUAAGCUGUUUGUUGGUCUGUUGAAAUCUGCUUCCAGGUUGUUUACAGUUAACUACGUGAGUUAGUUAUAGGCUAUAGCACGUAGGUCUUCAUGAAAAUGCAACCGAAAUUAAACAAGGAAAACGUAGUAAUUUGUGAGUUUAAGCUGUGUUUGAAGGUGUGUUUUUUACUUUAAAGAGAUCAAGGCUAGCUGCUACCAGACGCUUUUACCGUUAGCAACAUGCUACGUGAGUUAGCUACAGUACUUGAGGUUUCAUGAAAACUUAAACAAGAAAAAAACAUGUUGUAGUGUGUUUGUGAGUUUAGGCUGUUUGCAGGUGUGCGUUUUUUUCUUUUUUAACUUUGAAAAGAUCAAGAUCAGCUGCAAUCGGACGGUUUUACCGUUAGCUACAUGCUAUGCGAGUUAGUUACAGCAUACAACUUCAUGAAAAGGCAUCUUAAAUUAAACAAUAAAAACAUGUAGUAAUUUGGGAGAUUAAGCUGCGAUUGUAGGUGUGUUUUUAGAGAGCGAUCAAGGCCAGCUGCCACUGGACGAUUUUACCGUUAGCUACAUGCUACGUAAGUUGGCUACAGCACAUUACUCCUUAUCAAAACACAACUAGUUUCUCUACUGUUUGAUUUUAAGGAUUAUAAAACAGGGUAAAAUGUGUUGUAAAUUGGGAGUUUAAGAGAUGUUGAUUGGUGCAUUUUAAUUGAGCCAGUUUAGCUUUUCUCAUGCUACACAAGCUAAUCGCCUAGUGGUACCGAUCUCCUGGCAAGAAAGCCGAUAAGCACAAUGUCAAACUAUUUCUGUAAAUAAAAUAAUAAUGGAAAAUUGGGCAUUCAAGGCAACAUUCUUGUUCCUAGGUUGUGUUUUUUUUUUUUUUUGCAUAUGUUUUUCCAAACAGAUGCUUAGUGAACUGUCCAUUGACCUGCAGACCACCAUCGUCCUUUAAAGACGAACUCUCCAGCUUUGACCAGGCCUUCACCGGCAGCUCACACAACAUUGACUCCCUUCAUCUUAAUACCUCCCCUUGAUUUAGAAAAAACGGUGGAUAUGGGCUCAACGUGUGUUUUAUGUGUGUGAGUAAUGGGUCAGUAGCGGGUCAGGAGUGGGCGGGCGCUGCAGGGUUCCAGUUAAUGACGGCUGUACCGAUUUAUCUGCUUUUGAAUAUCUCUCGCAUCCGCAGAGAGGGUGCUUCUCUUUUUUUCACUUUUAUAUGUUGAGGCGAGCUAUUUGUCUGUUUACUGUAUCGUUAAAAGCAAUGGAGUGUACAGUACACACAAAACAGGGUGAACUCUUUUGUACAGCAGCCUCGUCAGUCGUGUACAGAAUGAUUGUAAUUUCCUUGUCUUUUUUUCUGAUAACUUUGUUAUUUUGUUGACAUAUUUUACUUGGUUAGUGUUAAGAUUUGAGAUUAGGGAGCUCUCUCUCUCUCACGUUAUUCAGUACACUUCAGGGCACUCAGAGUUGGCAUGACACACCAGUGACACAACGUACGGAAAGAAAGUGUUUGGUAUAGAAAGAAUUAUAUACUGUACCAAAAUGUUAUAUAUAAAUACAUUUAUUCACUUGUUCACUUAAAAAAUAAUUCUUACAUUUAUUUAGUCCAUCUAAAAUAUAAAUGAAAGGUAAAAAGAUGUGACUUUUUUCCUUAAAAAAUGUAAUUAAAAAGAGCUUGUUGUAUCUAUUUUGAAUUCUCAUAUCAGUAUGAUUUACCAUCGUACCUUCUAAGAGUUUUUCUUUAAAAAUAAGCAUAACUUCUGUUUAUUUUCAUUUUUUUAUUUGGCAUUUCAAUCAUAUGUCACCAUGAUUUCAUUGCUUUUCACCUAAACAAGGUCCAAGAUUUCUUCAACGGACAUCUAAAUCAAACUUGGAAUGGAAUAAAUCAAAAACAUAUUUCAGCCAUUUUGCAGCUUAAGGCUUCCUGAGCAGGAAUAUUCCGUUAUGAAAGCGUCCGGGCUACAAUAGGGCAACUAUUUGCUUUGCAGAUGCAGUGAAGUUCGACUGAACCGGUCCAUGUGGGACAUGCUUGCCGGUUGCAGCUCCUGCUGUUGCUAUGAGACUAUACUGAAAGUCCUUUUGAAGUGCGGCGCUGCUUCGCUGAAAGUUUUAAUAUUUUUAGCUCUGAGCACUCUGUGGGCUCUAAAAAAGUCUCUCAGUACUUUAAGGUUGAAGUGGUUUUCUGGCACCAACUGAGAUAACUCUGAGAUAAAGGAAAUCUCAGCAAAAGUUAAAAAGUGCAUCAAUCAUUUUUUGGGGAAAAUCUUGGUUUCUUAAUAGGGCAUACUGUGAACUGUACUGGAGUUGGAUACGAUGGCUUUAUUGUUACUUAAUGCUUUAUAAAUCAGUAAUAAACCAUUUAAAGGUAACUUUUAGGUACACAAUUUGUCAUAAAUGUUUUAUUACUGAUCUAUAAAUCAUUAAAGGUGUCUUAUAUAAAGAAAUCUCGAGAAAAUAAAUAAAGGAUAAAUCUGUCUGGAUGAUGACAGUUCUACAUGUAUAUUCUUAUCCAUAGCCAGUGCGUAUUACUGGUGGCAGUUUCCAGUUUGGAGAAGCAGAGUACUGGCAUUGAACCCAAGCAGUGUGCUGCUGUGGACGCCACUUUAGACCAAAAGUCACACAAUAACCCCAACAAACCAAUAGAUGGAGCCAAUAGUGGGCCAAUGGCUCCUGUGUUCUGUGAGGUACAAAUUACUGUUUAUGUCAAUGGAGUCUGGUGCCUUUGAAGAGAGUUAUGGGUGCUGCUGUGGAUUGGGGCCACAGUAAAACAUAUUUUAGCCACUUAAGAAUCUGUAUGAGUUUAUGUGUAUGGAAGGUUAAAACUAUUUUACCUUGCCAUCAGACAGCCCUUUCUGACUGGGAACUGAAGCUGUUCUCUAUGCUUUAUUCAGAGCCACCAGACUCCAUUGACAAAAAACAGCAAUUUUACCUUGCAGGUUACUUUAGGAUCUUGACUAAUGUGGCAUCCACAGGAGUUUAUUCUGCACAUCUGAUGUAGACUUAGCUGUUGAGAAGCCAAUGUAUUUGGCCUUUAAUAGCAAUUUAUAGCAUUCCCUUAAACAAACCAUUUGUAUUGUAUGCUUUAUUAGAAAGUACCACGAGGAAAUCUUUCGUCUUGCUGGAAUCUACGGUCACAAUUUUUGCACUGAAUCAGAGAAAAGAAGAAGGAAUCAAAGUGUCCUUGUAAUCGGCUGAGGUUCCUUCAACACAAUACAGUGGUGCUGAAUGGGAUUUUCAGUGGUCAAAACAUUGAACACUUACAUUUACGAUUUCUUACAGCAACAUCUCUUUCCAGAGAAAUGUCCCCAUUUCUGUGUGAAACCACUGAAAAUUCCAGCUAUUCAAUGUGGUUUCUAUAGAGAGUAACAGGGGUCCUUUUCUGAAAAGAGAGUUUGCUUUUGAAUUGUGCUGAAACUCAAUUUGUCUGUUAUAUACUUAUAUUAAAUCAGCACUAUCUUCAUAGCUAGAUACCACUAAGUAUGAAAGUAAGUGAAAAGAUUUUAAGAGAUUAAUUGGGACAUGAAUUAUCCGUCUAAUCAGCCAGUUUUUGGGGGGUCCUGAGCUCAUGUUUGUACAUUUUUAGACUGGAAUUUCCUCACUUUGGGCACAAAGCAUGAUUAGUUUCUGUUGAGCAAAUAUUGUCUUAUUGGCUUCAUAUUCAUUCACCUCUUCAUCACUGUUGUUUUAACCACAUUUUUACACUGAAAUGAUCAUUGAUUAUUAAGAAACAAUCCUGCAGAAAGUGAAAUGUAUCUAAUCUCACACAAAAACCACCUUUCAUGUUUGUCACCUUGAUUUUUUUCAUGGAUUUUUUCCAGCUCACAAGCACCAGAUUCGGUUGCUAGAAGAUUUCUGACAAAAACCUUCGAUAUUGCCUUUUGGGCAGGUUCACAAGGUGUCAAAAAUGUAACCAAAACAUUGCAGAAACUAUAUUUUGUAAGCGUCAUUUUAGUCAAACGGCUUAGUCCCGGAUCGGAGAUGGCAGCCAUAUAAAGUCUAUAUAAAGAUGCAUUUACGUAAUUUCCAACUCAGGUCCUUAGCAGUCGGACAUAUAUUUAUAUGAAAUAACAAAACGAACAUAUCUAUUUGAUCAAAUAAUCAUCUAGUGAUAAUCUCAAUAGCUUUGAAUGAUUCCUUGACCGAGAAAAUGUAUAUUUUGACACCAAGAUUGAUCUUCUAAGUGGCUUGGAAGAUAUAGUGGUUCUCAUAGACUUCAUAUGGCUGCCAUCUCUGAUCUGCAAUCUUGAUGAAGUGGCUCCCGUCAAAAAUUUAAACUUAUGGAGAUGGAGACCAUUUGGAAAAAAUGUGUUGCUUCUAUCCAGUGUGUCCCUUAUCCGAUUAUUUCAAUCUAAACAAAAUAUAAUGUUAAAUAGGACCAUCGAAGAGAAUUGGAGCCAGAAUUUGAGUUUUCUAGCAGGACAUACAAACACAAAGCAGUAUCAACAGCACUAACAUCCUUGCGGUGAUUAUCCCCACACCGGGUUCACUCCAUACAUGAUAAAUGAACCUGUCUUUACUACUUUCCCAUUGCCAAUCCAUCAUGAAUGAGGCACGUGAUGUCACGGGGGGAUGGAGAAACAAAUGCACCUCGUUUGUUAGUGUUUUCACCCUUACAGUGUCUGUAUGCAGCUGAUGUAUGAGAUUAUUGAUCCGAAGGCGGUAAAUUCCCGUCAAACACUGUAAAAUGCUGUCGUGCACAGAACCAAGGACAUACACAACAGUUUGGGUUAUUGCUUUUCCAUAUUUUUCCCUGUUGUAUUAAACAUUCAGGAUAGGACAGAAUAUUGUUAAACUGCCUGAUCUUUAACAUACAGUGCCAUAAUUCAACCUUUUCUGUCCCUUUUCUGCAGCCCUGUACAAGAUUUUUUUACAGAAACUUAAAGAGUGACGACUAGAGAAGCGUAGAAAGGAAAGGCUUGUCAUUUCUGUGCCCGUGUGUUUGUAAAAAUGCCGUGAAGUUCCUGUUGUAGUUUCCUGUUUGUGUCAGGUGGAACGACGCAAGCAGCAGCUGUUUUUGGUGAACUAUUAAAGCAAACGCUCUGAAUCUGAA